AUGGCUAUUUUAGUAACAUCCAUGUUACUACUACUAUCAUGGCUAAUAGCCCCAUGGUCCUCAUGGGCAUCUGGAGAUAGCGGUUAUGUUGUAGAUGCUUGUAAUGUUACAACAUAUCAAGAUCUUUGUAUCCACUCUCUUGCUUCGUAUUCAAACAUUGCAAAACGGGACCCGAGUAAGUGGGCCCGGGCGGGUGUCUCGGUCACUAUAGGUGAGACGAAGAACACGACUCGGUAUUUAUUAGGACUAAAGAAGAAGAAUCGCUUCAAGGGAAGAAAUCGGGUUGCGGUUUAUGAUUGUGUGGAUGUGUUUCAAGACACAUUGGAUAACCUUCACAAAUCGUUAGGGGUGCUUAGACAAAUAAGUGCUGUAACAUUUGAGACACAGAUGGAGGAUGUCACUACUUGGGUUAGUAGUGCACUUACUGAUGAAGAAACUUGUUUAGAUGGGUUUGAAGGGCAAAAAGGGAAACAAAUCAAGUUGUUGGAAAGUAGAGUUAAAAGAGUGAGUUAUUUUACUAGUAAUGCUCUUGCUCUUGUUGCUAAACUUGCUUCCACUGGGCCAUAG